AUGGGGGCUUCUCCGCAAACUCAGAAAAAUGGCCAAGACCGCCACGAGGACCCAGCAAAUGUCCAUCUUGCCCCCCAGGAUUCUGACUUGAUCGAUCAUCAUGUAGACUUCUCGAGUACAGAAAGCGACACCGAUCUCGAGAGCGACGACACCGCAAUUUUCGAAAGCGGCUCCCAUCGGAGAUUAGAGUCCGCGCCGCUGAUAGCCAAUCGCCGAAGAUUUUCCUCAACCAACGAAGAUGAUGACGAUAAUGAUCAUGACGGCGUGCUCGCGUCGGCCGAUGAGGACGAGGAGAAACCGGUAACUUGGAGCUCGUUACCGAAAAAGGGCCAGUUGGCGAUCUUGACCUUAGCGCGACUGUCAGAGCCGUUGACACAGACUUCUCUGCAGGCAUACCUGUUUUAUCAGCUCAAAUCGUUUGAUCCAUCUCUGCCAGACUCGAAGAUCUCCGCGCAGGCGGGUAUCCUUCAGGGUAGCUUUACAGCCGCGCAAUUUAUCACUGCGGUCUGGUGGGGCCGUCUUGCCGAUGCUGAAUGGAUGGGACGGAAAAGAGUGUUGUUAAUCGGAUUGAUGGGCACCUGUCUGUCUUGUGUAGGCUUCGGCUUCUCUCGAUCUUUUGCGACGGCCAUGGUCUUUCGAACACUUGGUGGGGUAUUGAACAGCAAUGUGGGAGUGAUGCGGACACUGAUUGCAGAGAUCAUUGCUGAGAAGAAAUAUCAAUCCCGCGCGUUUUUGCUCCUACCUAUGUGCUUUAAUAUCGGUGUUAUCAUAGGUCCAAUCUUGGGAGGCACUUUGGCCGAUCCUGUCAGCAGCUUCCCGCAAUUUUUCGGCCCGGGAUCUAUUCUUGGGGGUAAAGAAGGCGUCUGGUGGAUGCAGCGUUGGCCCUAUGCUUUGCCGAAUCUCUUGAGCGCCAUCUUCAUAUUUGUCUCAUUUCUCGCCGUAUUUCUUGGCCUCGAUGAGACCCAUGAAAUUGCACGUUAUAGAAAGGACUGGGGUCGUAGUCUAGGCAAGCGACUCACAAGAGCUUGGACCCGACGACCCCGACACUAUCGUCUAUUGACACGCUCCAGAGACGACGACUCCAUUUACACGGAUGGCAGCGUCGGCACUUGGUCUACGCCAUCAAGUCCAGCGCGCUCUCGCGUGCAUCCACGGCCACAUAAGAAGAUAGGGUUCAGCCAGAUCUGGACACGCAACGUUAUCCUGACUUUGACAGCUCAAUUCCUGCUCGCCUUCCACACAAGCGCCUUCAACUCCAUGACAUUUGUGUUUUUGCCCGCACCCCGUGCCCCAGAGAACUCCCGACAAGGUCUUUUCCAUUUCGGCGGUGGAUUAGGUCUUCCAUCAUCCCGAGUUGGACUUGCUACUGCUAUCAUUGGUUUCAUCGGCCUACCACUGCAGAUAUUCCUCUAUCCGCGGAUACAGACAAAGCUCGGCACACUCACGUCAUUCCGAGCGUUCCUUCCCUUUUCGCCCAUCGCAUACGUGCUCAUGCCCUUCCUUGUGAUUCUCCCACGUAUACCAUGGAUUGUUUGGCCUUCUUUCACGUUUGUCGUUGGCUUGCAGGUCAUCUCGCGAACAUUCAUCCUGCCUGCUUCUAUCAUCCUGGUGAACAACUGUGUUACAGAUCCAUCUAUCCUAGGCACCGUCCAUGGUGUGGCACAGAGUAUCUCUAGUGCAGCUCGGACACUAGGCCCAUUCCUGGGUGGCUGGGGCCUGGGAUUCGGCCUUGAGAAUAAUAUAAUCGGGGCUGUUUGGUGGGCACUAGCUGUUGAGUCUUUGCUUGGUUGGGCCAUGCUGUGGAGUAUCUACGAGGGUAAGGGAAUUGAACGGAAGAAAGAUGUGGAAGAGGAGGAUGAGGAGUGA